AUGUUGGUCGAGCUCGCUGAUCGAGGCCUUGUGUUCAAGGGACAGGAGAAGAACGGCAAUGACGUCAAGGAUGGGAAGCUGGAGCUUUCACGAAGGUUGGCGGAGCUCAUUGCUGUCAGGGGUGCUCGUUUGUGUGCCUAUGGCGUUGCGGCGAUAUGCCUGAAGCAAGGCAACACCGAGGGUCAUGUUGCCGCGGAUGGUAGUCUGGCGAACAAGCAUCCGAAGUUGAAGAAGAGGUGGGCAAAGGCUUUGGGUGAGACAUUAGACUGGGACGGGAAAGUCGAGAACGAGGAUCCCAUCAUCACCACUAGUGCGGACGAUGGGAGCGGAGUCGGGUGUGCAAUCAUUGCCGCCAUGGAAUUGGGGAGGAGAGCAAAGCACGAGGAAGCCUAA